AUGUUUCUGUCACUGUGGCUGGUCUUCUCACCCAUCAGCGAGAUCACGCUGAAAGAUCCCGCCACACACGACGGCUCCAUCGCGUAUGCCACCUACUACUCCUUCUUCGAGGCCUUCCCACUCGUCUACCUUGGCACAUACAACAUGUCCCUGGGUGCAUUCGGAUUGAUCUUCACCAAUAUCACGGCCGGCUGCAUCGUUGGCUUGACCACCUACUGGAUCUACCUCCGAUGCCAUUUCCUCCCUCGUGCCAUGCGCUACCACGAACAGCAUGGCGAGCCUGUAUCCCCCAAGCAAUGGCUUCGACCGGGCCUCUUGGGCGUCUGGGAUCCACCUGCAUCGCUCUUUUUGCCUGCUGCUAUAAGUUUCUGCAUCUUCCGGAGCUUGAGCUGCUACAUGGCGCUGACAUAUCCGAAACACGUGGCCUCGCUCUUUGCCGCCAACGAGUUUGCUCGGUCAAUGUUGGCCGCGAGCUUCGUGCAGUUCACCCGCCAGAUGUAUCUCAAGCUGGGUAUUGGUUGUGGAGUCACGCUCGUGGCGGGCUUGUCAUGCAUCGGCAUUGUCGGUAUCGGUAUGUACGCGCUCUAUCACUAUGGGGCAUUGCCAAGCGAGAAGCAACUUUGUCGGAUGACUCCGACCAAGAAUCUGCCAUCGAUGGGGCGUUCAGGUCAGUAA